AUGUCUCUAGUCGGCGGUGCGCUGGCUCAAAUCAGUAGCUCCUGCAAAGCCAUCGACUUUGACACCACCACCGACGUACUAUCGGCAGACUGCGUUCCCCGCAACCAAUCGGGCUACAUCUCCUCACACCUGAACCUUAACGACUGCUUUGGGUACGAUGGUGCUAAAAUCACGCCCACUCAUCACGGUGAUUUUGGGGCUAGCUGUACUGGCUGCGAUCUUUACAUAGCCCCAGACCCUUUCUAUGGCGGCCCUAUCUACUGGAUGAAUUGCACCUGUGCUGGCCAGAGUGCUGAAGUGGCUGUUCCUAUUGAGGACGCAUAUGCCCACCAAUAUGUCGUCAACAGCGACGGCCACCUGACUUGUUAA